GAGCCAAACCAAAGAUGAGCUCCGCUGUUUCUGACGUGGCGGAAUCAAGAAGUCGCAUUUGCGACGAAUUUGUCACAAUUACGGCCACCGACAGUGCCGUGGCUCAAUGCUACCUGGCUGAGAACGACUGGGAAAUGGAGCGAGCUUUGGAAUCUUUCUUUGAGGCUGACAUGGAGAGGGUUUUUGAAGUAGAGGAUUCACCAGAGAGAGACGGCAAUAUUGAAGCCAAGAAGCAGGAUGACAGUUCUGCAGUUGACUGCAUAGACCUGACAGGAGAUCAGCCAGCCUGCUCUACUGGUUCCAGCACAGCAGACAUCUCACAAAAACCAGAGGAUAAAAAUGAGAAUAAACUGUCACUGCUUACUUGGAACGUGGAUGGACUAGACACAAACAACAUCCAAGAGCGUGCCAGAGGCUUAUGCUCCUACAUAGUUUUAUAUACACCUGAUGUGGUGUUUCUGCAGGAGCUCAUUCCUCCCUACAUCCACUACUUGAAGAAACGGGCAGUCAGCUACUCAUUUGUCGAAGGUGGUGAGGACGGUUACUUCACCGGGAUGAUGCUGAAGAAGUCAAGAGUCAAACUGCAGGGGAGCGAGAUCGUUCCUUAUCCCACCACCCAGAUGAUGAGGAAUCUGCUUAUCGCUCAUGUGACGUUCAAAGGUCAUGAGCUGUGUCUGAUGACGUCUCACUUCGAGAGCUGCAAGGGCCAUGCUGCGGAGCGCAUGAAGCAGCUGAGCCUCGUAAUGCAGAGGAUGAGGGAUGCACCCGAUAACCUCACCGUCCUGUUUGGCGGGGACACCAACCUGAGAGACACAGAGGUGGCCAAGGUGGGCCUCCCACCUGAUGUCUAUGAUGUGUGGGAGCGGUUGGGCAAGCGGGAGCACUGCCGCUACACCUGGGACACCAAGAGCAACACCAACAAGAACGUCCAGUACAUCAGCCGCUGCCGCUUCGACCGGUUGUAUGUCCGCCCAGCCACAAGGGAGGGCGUCCCCAGCCUGGCCGCUGAGAACAUGGCCUUAGUGGGACAGGAGAAGCUGGACUGUGGCCGCUAUACUAGUGAUCACUGGGGAAUUUACUGCAGCCUCUCCCCUCCCGUGUAGGGAUGCUCAGAUCAGCUGGAAUCUGAGUCGUUUUGGUCAACUGUGCAGGCGAAGAAGUUGAAGUUUUAAUUUUACGAGACUGGCCCGAAGAAGUUGUAAAUAAAUGCAGAGGUUUGGUAGGCAAGUAUUAAAGAAUGAUGAUGGGGGGGAGUUAAGGUCUGAUUUUAGCUAGGUAAAGCGGGUUUGGAUCAGAAAAUAUCCUGUUGGUGAAUAACUACUAUAAAGUCUGAAAGAUUUGUCCUGAGACUUAAAUUACUUUGCUGCUUCAACCUCACAGUACUCGCACACGUAGACCCGCUCCUUCCUGCAGGACAUCCAUACCUGUGCGAUGCAAGGAAAUGCAUUUAAUGUUGAGCGCCUCGUUUCCUUUUAACCAAAGUAGUAUUCUGUGUAUCAGCAGAGAUGGGCACACAUCAAAAAGGGUUGUGUUACAAAUACUUGCUCAUCAAAUGUGUUAAAAUAAAAUAAAAAAUACUGUUAUGAGAAAAUGAAUGUAAUUAAAAUACAAGUAAUUUGUCGUUUGAAAAUAUAUUCUAUACAAACUGAUAU